GCGCAGCUGCUAGCUUCUCUGUGCAUUACGUGACAGGUUGGAUUGCGCAGGCGCAGUAGGGAAGUGUAGGCCGUAGUUGCGCAGUUGUGAGGAGGAGGUCUGCCGUCGGGUUAUUUUGGCAGGGCUGUGUGAGCUUGUCGGUCACUCUGGGUUUUUGAGCGCUUGGGAGCUCUUGUAUGGAGAGGCGGACAUGGCUCCAUUUCCGGACGAGGUGGACUUGUUCACUGGACCACACUGGCGGAUGAAGCAGCUGGUGGGGAGGUAUUGCGAGAAGCUCUCCAAUACCAAUUUCUCCUCCAACACUGACUUCUUGGCUUUACUGCAGUCGCUCUAUGAAACCUUUAAGGAGUUUAAAAUGCAUGAACAGAUUGAAAAUGAGUACAUCAUUGGCCUUCUCCAGCAGCGCAGCCAGACGGUCUUCAACGUGCACUCUGACAACAAGCUGUCCGAAAUGCUUGUGCUCUUUGAGAAGGGAAUGAAAAAUGUAAAGAAUGAGUACGAGCAGCUCAAUUAUGCUCAGCAGCUAAAGGAGAGGCUGGAAGCUUUUACCAGUGAUUUCCUACCUCACAUGAAAGAAGAAGAGGAGGUUUUUCAGCCAAUGUUGAUGGAAUAUUUCACUUACGAUGAGUUGAAGGACAUUAAAAAGAAAGUGAUUGCACAGCACUGCUCCCAGAAAGACACCGCAGAACUCCUCAGAGGUUUCAGUCUCUGGAAUAAGGCUGAAGAGCUGCAGAAAGUGUUCAAGUAUUCAGUAGACGAGAAAAUAGAACGAGACUCAAAGAAUCGGAAGAGUUCUGCAUCCAUCUGUAACCUUCCUCCGGAGGUAAUGCUGAACAUUUUUAGUUACCUUAACCCGCAGGAUCUGUGUCGCUGUAGUCAAGUGAACACUAAAUGGGCCCAGCUGGCCAGAACUGGAUCACUUUGGAGACAUCUGUAUCCAGUUCUCUGGGCUAGAGGGGAUUGGUAUAGUGGACCACCUACCCAUCUUGACAAUGAACCCGAUGAAGAUUGGAUAUCGAGAAGAAAAGAUGAAAGUCGUGCUUACCAGGAGUGGGAUGAAGAUGCAGAUAUUGAUGAAUCUGAGGAAACCGGAGAGGAUGAUCCUUCCAUAAGUGUGGCUCAGCGAGAAAAAGAAUUGCUAAACAGUUUGGUUCAUUAUAUACUUCCGUACAUCGGCCAUUCUGUGAAAACGCUGGUGCUUGCUUAUAGUUCUGCUACUAGCAACAAAGUGAUUCGUCAGAUACUUGAAUACUGCCCAAACAUGGAACAUCUGGACCUUACGCAGACUGACAUAUCUGACUCUGCAUUUAAUGGGUGGUGUUUUGGUGCUUGUCAAACUCUGCGCCAUAUUGACUUGUCAGGCUGUGAGAAAAUCACUGACUCGGCCUUAGAGAAGUUGUCAGUGGCCCUCGGAAUGCCAUUAGCUCACAAGAAACGUUUGCUCAAGUGUUACAGGAACAACAGGACUGUUAAGGACAUUAGAAAUCAGAUGCGAUGCGGCAGUUUGGCACAGAUUACUGGGGAAAGUGGAAUAUAUUCUGAUUACUCAUCUUCCCAGAUUUGGAUUCUAAACUCAGGAAAUCUGGGCGAUAUUGAAGACGCAGCCGACUGGAAGUUCAGAACGACUGAUGGACUUGGUGUUUUAGAAAUGACCCCCAAUCUGACUUGUUUUAGUAAUGGUUGCUGCAGCAGGGCCGUACCCGGGAGGUGGACUAAUGUUAUUCGGCAGGAGCAUUGCAAAGCUGCUCCUCUAAACUAUUGUGGCCACACGUUAUGUGGAAAUACACUAAGGACUAUACAGGCACUCCCAGGGUCCAACAUUGGAACAAAGACUCUGCAGUCAGAGAUUAGGGACAUUUGCCCUGGGAGUGCAAAAUUAGAUCAGCAAGUGGCUCGUGUCCUGCAGUUUCUGAGCCUUUCAGGAUGCCAUCAGAUCACAGACCAUGGGCUAAGGGUACUGACCAUAGGAGGAGGAUUACCCAACCUGGAACAUCUCAAUCUGUCUGGAUGUCUUAAUGUGACUGGAUCAGGGUUACAGGAUUUGGUAUCCGCGUGCCCAUCCCUUAAUGAUGAGCAUUUCUACUACUGUGACAACAUUAGUGGUCCCCAUGCUGCCACAGCCAGCGGAUGCCAGAACCUGCAGUGCGGAUUCCGGGCGUGCUGCCGCUCCGGGGAAUGACCUGUUGCUUGUUCCACUUCUCAUCUGAGCAGCUCUCCCUUUAUGCACUUUACCGGUUUCUCUCUCCUUUGUGUUGCUCUCUCGGAGUUCCUGUGGAAUCUCUCCCCCCGAGUAUCGCUCUUCAGAAAGCGCCCAGAAUAGUAACAGUUCUUGCUUAAUAAAAAUAAAUGUCAUAAUCUAAAAUCUCCUCAGUCAUCUCUAAGCCUUGAAUUUGGUAGAACCAUUCUCCUAAAUCGAGGCAUGCAUAUUAAUAUUGUUUCAGGUCUGCACCUGAUCGGCAUGGACUCCGCAAAUAAUAUUUGAAAACACUAGCAACAGGGCCCAUAACAUAUUAAAGGGGCAGUGCCCACCUUUUUCAACAUUGUCCAUAACAGGCCCUAUUCACUGAAACAUACUUACUGCCUGUUUUGAUUAAGACACUUGUGGUUUUUGUCAUUUGUAGCUCUAAACAGGGCAUAAUAUAAGAAUUAAAGCCACAUUCUGCUUCCUGAUCCCAAAGAGCAACGCAAGACAAAGCAGCAGCCCAAAGAGAAGCCUCUGUAUAAUGAGCUGCUCUUUAUCUAAAGAGCUAAUUGGCUGUUGCAGGGCGAAGGGUUUAUUUAUACACGGGCUUCACAGUGGGCAACUGGUUGUUUGCCUUUGCUCUGUGGGAUCAGGAAGUAGAAUGUGGCUUAAGGUUCAUUUUUAAAUGUUGCCCUGUUUAGUGCCAGAAAUAACAAACCAUAAAUAUUUCAUAAUAGGCAAAAGUAUAUUCAGCAUUAGUUAAUACCAGCUGAGGGGCAGUGCCUAUAAGAUGUAGUAUUGCUACUUCCAUGGUGUGUAUAAUAGUAUAAUGUGCAUUGCACAGAUUGGGAUCCAGUUCUUCUCUAGGUGGGGGGAAUGCGUUUGGUGAUCAUUAGAUUUUUCCUAAUUAUCACUCCUGUUUCUGUCAUUACCUAUUAGUACAUGUGAUUAAAUUCUGCAUGGCCAAACUUC